CAUUUCGACCCACAAUAGUAGUCAGGAGGACUAGCAGAAGCUGACACAAGUCUUCCCUCCCUUGUUUCCGUGGCGUUAAUUCACAUGAAAGUUGCAAUGGCGACACUUUUCCUGAGAUCAAGCCUAAGGAGAUGCGUCUUCUCUCAGAUUAGAAUGCAAUCUGAUCAGCUUGGUGAGCUGGGUAAAGGAGCAGGAAGAGGUGGAGGUGGUGGUGGCACUGUGAGAGAGGCAGGAGGUGCAUUGGGAAAGCGAGCAGUAGCUGAGGAGGAGCGUUACUUUAGGCAGAAGGAGCAGGAGCAGUUGGAGGCGCUGAGGAAACAUCACCAUGAGGAGAUUGAGCACCACAAAAAGGAGAUUGAGCGCUUACAGAGGGAAAUUGACCGCCACAAGGGCAAAAUCAGAAAGCUUCAGCAUGACGACUGAGGCAAAGAAGCUUGCUGUUAUUUCUCUACCUCACAAAGCAGUCAGACAAGUCAGGAAUGGUCACAUAUUGAUUAUCUGCUGGUCAAGUCAUGAGUCAUGAGACAUCGUACUGACAAUAUGACUGUUAAAACAAUAAAAAGAUUGAUUUU